AUGCCCGACCCCCCAGCAGGUCAGCCUGCGAAGCCUGCAGCUGCUGGAGCGAAACCGACGACGACGGGGCCGAAACCGAAACCACGCGCAGGCGUGGUGCGCAAGACCAAAGCGGAACGGGAGCAAUUUGCCAAAGAAGAGGCGGAGCGACAGAAGGCCCGGCUUGCGGAAGAAGCGGCAAAGAAUGCCCGAGGAGGCGCGCGCGGCGGUCGCGGUGGCGCCGCAGGUCGUGGAGGCAGAGGAGGCGCCGCGGGCGGUGAAAGAGCCAGAGAAGGGCCCGUCAGUGUUGGCAGUGGCGUGUUCGGCGCAGGCAGUGGAUUGAGGCCCGGUGCCAGAUCGCGCAUGCAGGUCGAAGGGCACAGCGAGAUGCUGGAUGGACAGCCAGGAUUCAAAUAUGACGAGUCUCAAUCGGGAAUGUUGGCAGGUGGUUCUUCUGGCGGUGGUGGUGGUGGUGGAACACGAAGCGGGGGCGGCGAAGGAUUUGGGGAGGACGAUGAACUGGACGAGCCGAAGCGAGAUAUUGAGAGGAUUUGGAUCUCUUCGGGCGAAGAGGAGGAAGAAGAAGAUGCAGUAGUGGCUGAUGAUGGUGAUGAUAUCCAUAAAGGCAAAGGAAAUCAAAAACAAAAACAACGCAGACGAACUCAUCGGCCGCCUACCGGUCUCAGACCCGUCCGGGCGCCUCAUGCAAGGAGAGAAAGCGAAGAAGAGGCGGCAGCAGCAAAGAAAAAAGCAGCAGGCACAACAGCUGCUCGCUCAACGACCGAAAAGAGAAAACCUUCUGUUACUAUCAAAAAGAGAGCCUCUGAUGCACAGGACCAGGCCGUGGCGGAUGAUCAUGAAGGCGCAAUGGAUGUGGAUCGAGAUCCAGACGUUGCUGUGGAGGAUGAUCCAGUGUUCGUCAAAGAGCAGCCAUCAAGUCCCGAGAUGAGGAGACGCAGUUUGAGAAAAGCAUCCUCGUCCACAAAGGCCAGAGAUGCCCGGCUGGCCAUUGAGACGAUUGAAGAAAAGGCCGAACGACUACGAGUCGCAGACGACGCGGACAAACUGCGUGAAUUCUUGCUGGCUGCUCCACAGAUUACAGAAGACGAAAACGUCGAUGAAGAACAGAUCCUCGAAGAUGGGAAAUUGUUCUUGUUCCAAUUGCCGCCGAUGACUCCCUAUCUACUCGACGCCGACCUGGUUGCCCAACAGGAAUCUGUCGCCGUCAAAGCAGAACCGAAUAUCGACGCCACUGUUUCUACGGGUGGUGGUGGUGCAGAAGUCAAGAAAGACCCCGAGACCGGUGAUGUCAGUGGUGCUGCGAAACCCAACCUCGAAACAGAAGGCUUGUUGACGGCGUCGGAGCCUACUCGUCUCCCGUCCGGUCUGGUGGGCAAACUCCGCGUCCAUAAAUCGGGUAAAGUCUCGCUCGACUGGGGCGGCACUGAUAUGGAAGUUCGGUACGGGGCAGAAGUCGAUUUCUUACAGGACGUGGUCAUGGUCACCCCGCCAAUCAAGACGGAAGAGAACGAGGAACAGAAUCAGGUUCCAGACUUGUUGAAUCCCGAUCAAGACGCAAACCAAACCACAGCCAAAGACAAGGAUAAAGGCGCCGGCAAGGCAUAUGCUUUGGGACAGGUCCGGAGGAAGAUGGUCUUGAUUCCGGACUGGGAGAAACUGUAUGCGUAA